CCCGCGCGGCGCGCAGCCCUUAAAGCGCUGGCUUUUGAGCGGAAGGCGGGAAAUGGCGGACUCCUCAGGACUCGGGCCUGGGAAGCUUUCGGGGCCUGCCACCCCCUCGGCCAGGGCGAAGGGGAAGCGAGCACAAGGAGGAAGAGUGGUCGAGUCCCGAUACUUGCAGUAUGAGAAGAAAGUCAGAAAGGAGCCUGCGUCGGACCCGCCCAGGACCCGCGCCAAGGCGCCCGAGGCGGGGAGGAAGGCCGGCGCGCCCCACAAGGCCAGAGCGGACAGUGGGCUCCGGCGGGAGCUGCAGUCCUCGGUGCUGGAAGGACACGGCUCCGCCUCCCCCCACCGCGACCUCGACCUGGACCUGUCCGCCAUUCACGACUCAAGCAUGCUGAGAAAGACGCUCCCACUGGAAGAGACCGUGUACAAGCAGGCCAGGACGGCGGGCUCCGGCGCCCCGCAGAGGAAGAGCCCAGAUCUCCUGGAGAUGUUGGACAUGAUCGAGUCGCAGACAUUGCUCCUGUGCCUGCUGACCGUGAAGAUCGAGAGCAACGUGGCGCGCAUGGAGGCGGCGGGCGGGCGGCGGCUGUCGCUGCUGUGUCGUGAGUGGGCGCGGCUGCAGCGCCAGGCGCACGAGCUGCGGCACCGCUGCGCGCUCCGCGACCGGAGGCAGGCGCUGGCCGUGCUGCUGGACACCCAGGAUGAGAUGCUCCGGCCGUUCCGGGCCGUGGCGGACCGCUUCCGGGAGCAGUACCGGGACUUGGCCUCGGCGCUGGACAGCACCAGACACGAGCUGCCCGUGCAUGCCAUCCACCUGCCCGGGGACGGGCCGCGGCUCCUAGACGCGCUGCAGCCCGAGCUGCUGGAGACGCAGCGGCUGCUGCGCGCGCUUGGCGUGGACUCGGCGGUGGGGGAGGCGCCGGUGCUGGAGCUGCUGAGCGAGCUGCGCACCGCCUCGCAAGACAAGGACGCGCAGCUCCGCAGGUUCUUGUGGCAGGUGCUGGAGCUGGACGCGGAGGCCAGCCGGGAGGCCGCGCUGCGGAGCCAGCAGCUGUGGGAGGAGGCCGCGGGGCCCCCCUCCACCUCCUUGCCCUGA